AUUCUGCAUAUGUCCGCCAGAGGGCGCCGUUGCCGCGCGUUGGUAACCCGGAGCUCAGGUGUACGGAGGUGCAGCGGCUCGGGGAGCUCGGCUUUUUCCGGCGCGCCUCGGCAGCCGAACGGUUGCGUAGAUGUGGGAAUGCGGUUGCCGGCGGCUGUGGGCAUUUGUGGACGCUCAGCGGAGAUGUGCGCACGGGGAAGGGAGCCCACCGCGGCUGGCUGUCCCGCUGCCUAGCCGGCUGUCUCGCGGGGAUGCGGGUGGGGACCCCGGACGGAGGGGGGUGUCUCUGAAACCGGGACAGCGGUCCGUUUGUUACCCCUCUCCCUCGUUCUUUGUAUUUAUUUAUUGGGGGGGAGUGGGAGGAAUGAGAGAGGAGCUCAGGAUUCCCCAACAGCACCAUGGAGACGCGCAUUGCAGACAACAAAGAGAGGUGACAGUGGAAAUGAAGUUUAAAACAUCUGAUUGUCUGCUGUAAGCUUUUCUCCAGAGCUGGAGCACAAACUACUGGAAACACUUAGCAGCAUCACGGUGCCUUUCUGGAGCUUUAAGUCUUUUUCCUUUGCAGAGUGCGUGAAGCAAACCCCGUCACCAUGUUCUACGGUUCCUCUUCUGGGGCCAGUAUGUCCCUGCCGUCCAAGAGCCGCCUGAAACGCCAGAGCAGGACCUUCACGCAGGUCUUGUACCGAACUCUGAGCUACAGAGACAGAGUCCCAGCAGAAGCUGGAACCAACACCCGUGGCGACCGGCGCUCAACCACUGAACCCCCGGAGCGGCCAGCAGACGACCCGGCUGAACUCUCCACACAGAGUUCGGCCCCAGGGGUGCUGAAGAUAUUUGGAGAUGAAAUCUGUGCCGGUGCCAACUACAAGAGCGUCCUGGCCACGCCGCGCUCGAGUGCUCAGGAACUUGUGAAAGAAGCUCUGGAGCGUUACUCGCUCAACAAAGACGCAGCUCGCUCUUAUGUGCUGUGUGACGUGAUCGGCCGUCUAGAAGGUGGAGGCGGGAUCGCAGGACCAGUGUGGCGGACUGAGUGCCUGCGAGCUUUGGGAGAUAAUGAGAAGCCACUGUUGCUCCAAGAACUAUGGAAACCCAGAGAGGGUCACGCUCGAAGAUUUGAGCUGCGUAGAAGAGCAGAGGUCGAGGAGCUCAACGCCAAGGACAAGGACACCAUCACUGCUGGGCCCAGAACCCCCCAAUUCCUGAUGGCACUAAUGGGUCGGUCUGGGCUGGGCAAACACAAGAGCUCCCCUCUGCGGUCUGGUCGAGUGGUACAGUCCAGUUCUAAAGACAUAAAUGCUCAGGCCCGUAAGGUUCAGAGGAACAGGGCAAAGGGGACACUGACCCUUCCUCGCUCCAGCAACUCAUCGUUUUGCCGCAGCCUCAGUGAGACCAGCCUGAACCAGGUUGGAGUGGGUGAGGAACCCAAGCGUUUUUACUCCACCCUUCCUGGGCCAAUCAGAGGCCGAGAACGAGAAGGAGCCUCCAGCAGCCGCACUAAGGAGGAGGCAGGAGGGGUGAGGCACUCCCUGUACCAGUCCCCCCAUCUGUUGCUGCUGCAGGGGUACAAUCGACAAGACUGCCUGGUGUACCUGUUGAACAGGGAGCAGCACACAGUCGGUCAUGAGACGCCCUCAGCUCGCCCCAACAUCUGCCUCUUCUCUCCCGACAUCCUGCCUCUGCACUGCCGCCUGCGCCGAGUCCCUUUGCCCCGGCGCCAUGCCAACCACGUGAACAAGGGAGAGGAGCAGGCAGAGAGCCAGCGGUUCUGUGUGGCCGUGGAGCCAGUUCUCAACGCCACGGUUCUGGUGAACUUCUCCCGCUGUGAGCGCUCCACCACGCUGCGUCAUGGCGACCUUCUCUCCUUCGGAGCACAUUACAUCUUUCUUUACAAGGACCCCACAGGUGCCAAGCCCCUGCCUGCACAAACACUGGCUCGCCUACGCUCGCUGGGGCAGCUUUAUGACACGGAGGCAGACGAAGGGGAGGGCGGGGCUCCCGUUUGUAAAAUGUGCGGCUCUGUGCUGAAGGACAAGGUGGCGCAGGUGUCGAGUAUGCCAGCAGGAAGACGGAGUUUCAAACCUCACCUGCUAAAAUCUCGUAAUGUGGGGACAACAGCAGGAGGGCCCCCUACUUUAUCGGGAAGUGAUGGAGGAAGAGGAGGAGGAGGAGGAUGUCAAAAAAGGAGGCUGCAGCUGGAGUUUGACCAGGCUCAUGAAGACCAGCUGUUGAACAGAAUUAUGUCCCUCAUUGAACCAGGAGGAGACGACCACAAGCUGACGCCAGCAUACCUGCUGUGUAUGUGCAUACAACACUCUGCCUCAGCCUUUCCUCCUGGGAGUUUUGGAAAACUGCUGCUCAAAAUCGUCCGUCGGAUCCAAAGCAUCGCAUGGGAGAAGACAAAGGAGCUGGCUCAAAAGCAAGCUCAGCAUCAGGAUCCAGCCACCCUGUCUCUACUCAGCAUCUCAGACCUGAUCCCGGAUCUGCAGACCAUCUUCUUCUGGAUGUCCAACUCCAUCGAGAUCCUCUACUUUAUUCAGCAAAGAGCCCCAGCCUACACUCACAACAUAGAGACACUUCAAGGGUCAAAAGAGUCGUUGCUAUCAGCGACCAUAUCAGCUAACGAGGAAGCUAUGACUAUCCUUGAAGAAGUUAUUAUGUACACUUUCCAGCAGUGUGUCUAUUAUAUCACCAAGGCGCUCUAUGUAGUUCUACCAGGUUUGUUAGAUUGUAAUCCAUUCCCCGUGGACAGUUCUGAUGCCUGCUGGAAAGGAGGUCUUGGGUUUCCUGAACCUGUACGCAGAAUACUGCAGGUGUUUCAGAGUACCCAGGAGCUCUUACAAGGCUACCAGGUUCACCCGGAGAUCCAGGCUCAGAUGUUUGCAUACCUGUUUUUCUUCUCCAACGUCUCCCUGUUUAACCAGCUGAUGGACAAAGGUCCAUCUCGAGGGUGGUUCCAGCAUUCGAAGGCUCUGCAGAUUCAAGCUUGUUUGCGGAUGGUCAUGGAGUGGGCAAGUAGGUCUGGUCUGGGACACUUGGCUGAGAAGUUCUUUGCCAAACUGAACAGCGCCGUAUCGGUGGUCGCCAUGCCCCCCCAGCAGCUGACACAGAUGAGCUGGCGGGCACUGACGAGUGAGCACCCAACUCUGAAACCAGUCCAGCUUCACCGGAUUCUCAUUCAGCACCAGCUCACGGCAGAGGUGGGCCCCGUCCAAAUAUGGCAACCCAGCAGUGAGGAUGAGCCGUACAUUUACAGGACAGUUGACCUUCUGGAAAGCUUUGAGAAUCAUCCUCCCAUCGUGCUGCCCAGCUCUGGGUUCAGGGUGGACCUGGAGAGCGAGUCUGUCGAGGACAGCAUCUACAGACAGCUGCUUUACGUUCGCCACUACCUAUGGGGGCUCCGCACCAAGCCACAAGCCCACAGCGGCGCUUCCGGAGUGCACACCCAAUCCAAUGGAACCAACACCGCCGACUGGCCAGAAGUCCAGAGGGAGCUGUUGCCUCCAUCCCAUAGCAGCCCACGCUCUGCUGCUGCUCCUGGUGGAGACGAGGUGGCAGCAGAGAAGGAGGAGCGAGGACGGGACCGAGCACCGGCACAGACGCACACGCACAGCCUCAGAAGAAACGGCACGGGUCACCACCCUCGAGCAGCAAAUCCCGACCCGUCCUGCCUGCUGACCCCACCCAACACCCCCCUGUACCCAGAGGGUGGAGGAGGGGGCCCUGGGCCAGCCGCCAGUACCAACGGCUGCUCCGGCAGGACUGUUGCAGAAUGUAAAAAGACCAACGGGCUCAUCUCCAAUGGGCUUGAAGGGUGUAUUAGUGGCUGUGAGUUUCCUUUCCCUGUCUCCUCCUCUGGAGCCCCUUCCCUUCCUGAUGACUUGUGUGUGGUGUUUGUAGUGGAGCUGGACAAAGGACCCUAUGGACUCGGCAUGGGACUCAUUGAUGGUCUGCACACUCCUCUCAACGCUCCUGGCAUUUACAUCCGGACUCUGAUCCCGGAUGGACCGGCUGCUUCUGACGGCAGACUCAGGAUUGGCGAUCGCAUUCUUGCUGUGAACGGGACCAGCCUGAUCGGAGCGGACUACCAGAGCGCUGUGGAUCUGAUCCGUAUGGGUGGGGGUCGACUGCGUUUCCUAGUAGCUAAGUCAGAUCCAGAAGUCUCAGAGAAGAUCAGCGCCUCCUCCUGUUGACGCCCUCCACUGCCCAGCUGGCACGCACAAACGCUUGGAGGAAUGCCGAAGAUCAGCAGUAAACCUACCGUCACUUGAAUGUGAAGCACUGCACAGCGUAAAGCUAAGCACGCCAGCAGAAGACGGCACGUCAUGGUACCUCUCCACACACUUCCCUUAAGCUCCGUUUGGUUCAACGCAGGAUUUGGAACCAACAUCAAAAGCCUCUGAGGAGAAUUCUCAGUUUGUGGUCUAACCAGCUCUCAUAUGCAGUCUGAAGCACAGUAGAUUCAUCCUCGUCAGCCUGUUUCUAUUCUCCAUGAAAUGACUUUCAAAGCCGUGUCUCCUUACAAUUCUGGAGCGUUUGCUUCCAUAAGAGCACAGCCUUAGUGAAUGCUGAAUGUUUCACUCAGUGCUUUAAGAGUCUGAUGUUUUAUCAACCUGUUCAUCAUCUCUGCUUCUUAGAGCAAACUUUUCUGGUUGAUUUUUUUUUUCUUUAAUUCCAGAAGUUUUCAUAGUUAGCAUUGAACCUCCAUUCUGCUCUAAAUGACAGAGACAGUGACCUGGGAGUCUCCGUGCUCUAAAACAUGCAGCUUUUUUGAGACGUUUUUAACAAACGCUUGACAACAUUAAAAGUCAUUUUUAGCCCGACGUGUACAAAGUUCUGCAGUAUUGAUUCAAGUUUGUAAAGUAUUUCCAGGUUAAGAGAAAAUAAUUUGAAAUGAAUGUUUUUUUUGUUUUUUUCUUGAAGGGUGUUUUAGAGGGUUUACUGUGGGGAAAGCAAUUUCUAAAAACAACAAAAAAAAAAGGUUAAAAAAAAGUUAGUCACAAGUUGUAUAUUUUUAUUUAUUUAUUUCAACUUCCAUGAAUGUGUUUUUGCAGUGAGGAAAUGCAUACUACCUUAUUUUUCAGAGUUCUUGAUUUAACAUGUACUUAGCUUACCUUUGCUGUAAAAAGACAAAUUCUCAAUAAUUCUCAUUGUUUUGGCUCAAUUUUGAGGAAACUUUUCUUAUUCGAUGCAAGCCCAGACUUUGAGUGAUAAACUGAUUUUUUUUAUGUUCCACCAGAGGACAACUGGAAACAGAAUCAUCGUUCUUUAAUGGACAAUAAACCAAAAACAAAUCCACUGGCUGGCCUGCACAUUAAAAAUGACUUGUGAAUUUCACAUUAACUUUUAGUUUAGAGCCUGUAAAAGCUAAAGACUUAAUAACUGACUCGUUUGGUCCAAAAGGAUCAUUUAAAAAGAAUCAGACCUCUAAAUCCUUGGAUUGGAGAAUGUCCAGCCACAGGAAGUUUGCCAACUUCACAAGCAAUCCAGAUCGUUUGUUUCGUUUUAUACUUUUUAUUUUUUUUUCAAUGGAAUUUCACUUUGUGUGAAGUUUGUAUAAAACUUUAUAUGCAUGUCUACCUGGUCAUUAUUUAUACAGUAAGAAACCAAUGAAUAAAGAUGGUUGGAUACUC